ACUGAACAACAGCUGACUAUUGCAGAUCGCCAUUGCUAAGAACUCAUCCCGUUCUUCUUGGUUCCCAUCUCGGCACAGGAAUAAGGACACGCAGGAACUCAUCAACAAUUUUGAGACAACUGUGAAAAUGAUGUACCAAUUACCUUCAUGCAAUCCGGGUGAAACAAUCUCAAUUCCUCCUGCAGUUAGAGAUUCGCUAUCAUGCCUCGACAUUGUAUGGUCCGACAUGUUUGAGGCUGUAGAGAUAAACCCGGACACGGCCAGACAGCAAGAGAUCGACUUUCUCCAAGGAGCGCCACCAACUUGGCUGAACUUCUACACAUCGGCAAACUUACCAUUGGUCGAAAGGGACGGCUUUAAUGAUUUAAUAGAGUUAAUCGAGAGGAAAAAAGAAAAACUCUGUCUCAUCACUGAUGUUUCUUUACGAUACCAGCGUGGCAGUGGCGGAUCAACCCUCGGCAUGCAGGUGCUUUGGCACUUCCGGAGAGAUCUCAGAUGUGCCAGAGCCAUCGAUUCUGACAUAGACACCAAAGAGCUGUCGAAACAAGUGCUGGACCUUUUUCUGCGGUCUAAUGAAGAACGUGCAGAACAAGACCAGAAAACGGUGCUGCUGCUACUAGACACCAAGGAAAAGCGGGACAAUAAACUGCCUAUCAAGAAUGAGCUCUGGACAAACCUGAUUAAAGAAAUCCAUGAUAGGGGCAUUAACACUCAAACUCCAGUCGUGAUCCUCUUGGACUGGAAAACCGAAGACUUCAGUCUAAACGACACACUGAUUCUUCCUUCCAAACCCUCUGAAGAGAAAAUCAAACAAUUGAAGGAAAAACUUCUGCAACAGAUCCGACUCCAGAGAAAAAGCCAGUGGAAAGUUACAACCAUAAAUCUGUUGUGCGAUGAAGACAGCGGCGGAUCAGCACUAGCCGGAGCGAUCCUGCAGGAGUUAGAGCACGAGUUCACAUGUGGAACCUGGAAAGACCCGUUCAGAACAGAGAUUUCAGAAAAUAAAGAGUGUACAAGAGAGAUUGAAAAUAUGGCAAGUGAACUGUUCAAAAAAUAUAAAACACAUAAAAAACCUGUGCUUCUCCUUUUGGAUAACAAAGAUGACAAGACAACCUCUGACUUAUUAAAGAAUCUGCAGUCAAAGCUUCAGCCGGAUCGGACUGACGGUCCUGCAGUCGUCAUUAUUAAUGCCGUGGGGAAGAGUGCUGUUCGAGGGAGAGGGUCCGUGACGCUGAAACUGGAGCUCUUACCAGAGGAGAAGGAGAGGUUUGCUCAGAAAAGCCUCAAAAUUGAAGAAAAACACAAGGAAAUGUCAAAAUCGUUUCAUGCCUUUAACAUAAUGCGGGGAGGUUUCCAGAGACAGUAUGCAGAGAAAACGAUCACAGAAGAAAUGGUCAAUCUCAUCGAAAAUGACAAAACGUCCAGCAGCACAAAACUUCUCAGUUUUUUGGCUUUGAUAAAUUCAUAUGUCCCGGGUUCACACUUGUCGAAGUCUUCGUGCGAGAAAUUCAUUGACGGACCGUCGGUGGAAGAUAUAAUGGAGCCUUUCAUGGAUCUCAUAGUCAUUUUCUCUGAUGGAAAAGCCAACUGCAUACGCCUGAAACAUCCGAUGAUUGCUGAUGCUUGUCUGAAAAUGGUCACUGAGAAUAAACUGACAAGAUUUGACAUUACUCUUGACUUUUUGAACAAGAUGGUGGAAGGAAAUGAGAGUGAUUAUGAGCAAAUCUGCAAGAGAUUGUUAUUCACAAGACAUCACGGUCUGACAGGAAAGGAGAUGUUUUCCAGACUGAUUCUUGACAUCAUGAGGGAAAGUACAACUAACAAAUGCAUUAAGUUGUUGAAGAGGGCUUCACAUUUGUUCUCCACAGACCCUUUUUAUCCUCAAGCACUUUCACGUUUGUAUUACAACGAGGUCACUGAGGAAAGCAAAUACCGUGAGGCAGAAAAAUGGGCAAAAGAGGCAAUUCAAAGAGACCCCAAAUCUCAUAUUAGGGACACAUUGGGGCAAGUUCACAAAAACCAACUGUCGAGGAUCUGGACUGGAAGUAUAUGGGUUAACGUGAAUAAACCACGUACAGACACGCGCUUGCGCAUUGCAGAGUCUGCCAUUAAAGCAUUCGAAGAUGAAGAGACAGCAGCUGAAGACGAGUUAGAUGACAACACCAAAUUCAAUACCGGGGGCCACUUUGGUUUUCUAGAGGUUUGCAAGGAGAUUUAUGAUCGAAUCACUCCAAAGAAUCCCCUUGAACAAAAAUACCAUGAUUUCAUCAAUAGUCUCAGAGGAAAAGUUGAGUCCAAGUAUAAUUUCUUCGAACGGUACCUGACAUUCUCAAGGCCAGGCAGCAAAACAGAGGAACCAGAAUACAUCCGUAGAGUUGUUGAGGAUUGCUACAAGCUACACGUUACACAGGGAACGCAGACUGGAGAAGAGGCCCUGAAUGAGAGAAAACAGAAGACUUUUGCAGGAAUGCUUGAUUUCCUAAGAUCUGACAUCAAUGUCCUGAAACAGAAUUUGAGUGCGAUUGAAAAACCCCAGUCUGAUGAUGAACCCCAAACCGUCCUCUACAUUCUGGCCAAGCUCAUCUCCAGUCAGGCGGGCGAACCGGCGGGAGGAACGGAAGAGCUUCAGGACAUGUUACAGAGCCUUUGGUUGACGAAAGCUGAAGGCAGAAGCCCAGAGUUUUACCUCUUGGUCCUUUUGCUCUUCUGGCCCGAUGAAGUAAAGCCAGACCCUCCGAACCUUGGAGACUGUGUGCAAUAUAUGAGUCAGUCUUACGAGAGCAAGUAUCAGAAGCAUUUGCGCCAUCGCUUCCUGGUUCCUCUGUUCUUCUACGGGAAAGGAGAAGGCUUGCAGAGACUCGUUCAUGCCUUGAAACCACACCAGGACGGCUUGGAGAGACCGGUUCACUCAAGACUACACCAAACGGAUCUGGAGCUCCUCGCUGAAGGAUAUAAAGGAGUGUAUGAAGUUGAAUGUCUUCAGCGAAUCGAAGGGAAGGUGGAGGAUUAUCGAGUGUUUGCUGAUAGAAACGGGCACCAGAUUGAAGUCAACGCCGACAAACCGGCCAACGUUUGCAAACAAGGACGUGUGUCUUUCUACCUCGGCUUCACAAUCAGAGGACCUGUGGCCUACAACAUCACAUAUCACGACUGUGAGUAUAUGUCAGACUCAUAA